UGAUUCCACGGAUGACGCGUCAAUGCGGAAAUGAAUCACCACCCUAGGAGAAAGAUGGCAGCCCACAGGUGCAGCCACUCGGCUCUGCUGCUUAUUCUCUGUAGUUUGUGGGUGUUUGUUAUUGCAGGCAGUCAAGGAACGACACUGACUGGCGAUCAUCAUGGCACUACGGUUGAUGAUUCACAAACAGCCACACAAACAGCGGAACAAACGGCCGAGCAGCCUGCGGUGGAGGAGAGGCGGUGGGAAGCAACUCAGGUUGAAGAGGCGACUCCGGACGAUGAGGCAACCGACAAACAGGACACUUCUGCCCCCGAAACCGUGGUCCCCUCCCCGGUGCCGCAGCCGAAAGACGACUUUCAGGAGGAGCUGGUCAUCAGGCCGCUUCACUCCGGAGAUAUUUAUGCCAGCUUCCAGUUCCGCACCCUGUGGGAGACUGACUUCAUGAGAGGAAACAAAGUGUCUCACUACCGGCUGUUUCCCAAGUCUCUGGGUCAGGUCAUCUCCAAGUUCUCAGUGCGAGAGCUACACAUCUCCUUCACGCAGGGCUACUGGAGGACCAUGCAGUGGGGGCAGCCCUUUCUGCCGUCCCCUCCCGGGGCAGAACUCUGGGUCUGGUUCCAGGACUCUGUGACAGAUGUUGAUGGCACAUGGAAGGAGCUGACGAAUGUUUUGUCUGGGAUCUUCUGCGCUUCACUUAACUUUAUUGACUCCACCAACACUGUUCAGCCCAGUGCGUCUUUCAAACCGCUGGGAAUAGGCAACGUGACAGACCACCGCUUCCUUCGCUAUGCCACCCUCCCACGAGAGAUUGUUUGCACUGAGAAUUUGACACCCUGGAAGAAACUUUUGCCAUGUGGAUCCAAGGCUGGUCUUGCUGUCCUGUUGAAGUCAGAGAAACUCUUCCACAGCAGUUUUCAUUCCCAAGCAGUGCACAUCAGACCUGUGUGUCAGGACUGGCAGUGCAAAACUACAUCCUGGGAGCUGAGACAGACGCUUAAUGUGGUCUUUGACCUGCACACUUCUACCCCUGGACAGGGAAAACGAGAGUGGUCUCUUUUCAAGAUGUUCUCUCGGACCCUGACAGAAGCUUGUCCAUUGGCCUCCUCCAGUAAAAUCUACAUCGACAUCACAGACGACCCGCAGGGCGAACAGUUUGAGGUGAGCCCAGCCACUCACUUGCUGAGCCAGGCGAUGGUGCUCGGGGACAGACGAACCUUCUCCGUCUACGAUCUGACCCAACAAAUCACCUUUGGCACUGUGCGCUCCCUCAACCUGCUGAUCCGCUGGAAAUCCAGUGAGGGAGACAUGCUCCGUCCCCUGCUCCAUGCUGAGCGUUACGUGGCUGGUUACGGGCUGCAGACAGGAGAGAUCCACACGCUGAUGUACAACAACCACCCCUACAGGUCUUUUCCUGUCCUGCUGCUGGACUCUGUGCCCUGGUACCUCCGUCUCUACAUCCACACCCUCACUGUCACCAGCAAGGGAAAAGACAACAAGCCCAGCUACAUCCACUACCAGCCGUCUAAGGACCGUGUGAGGCCCCACCUGCUGGAGAUGCUGGUCCAGCUUCCUCCCAACUCGGUCACUGAGGUCACAGUGCAGUUUGAGAGGGCUCUGCUUAAGUGGACUGAAUACACCCCUGAUCCCAACCACGGCUUCUAUGUCGGGUCUUCAGUAAUCAGCUCUCUUGUACCAAGCAUUGUCGCCAUGGAUACAAACAGCACUCGGGAACAGCCUCUUUUCAGCAGCUUUUUUCCCUGUAAAGAGGAGUCCAGCUUCUUUAUGCGCGUCUACACAGAGCCUCUGCUGGUCAACCUGCCAACUCCAGACUUCAGCAUGCCUUAUAAUGUCAUCUGCCUGACCUGCACUGUGGUGGCUGUGGGCUACGGCUCCCUCUACAACCUGCUGACCCGGAGCUUCCAGAUAGAAGAGCCCAGCGCGGGAUUGGCCAAGCGGCUAGCCAACAUCAUUCGCAAGAUGAGGGGCGUGCCGCCACUCUGAAACGUAGAUGCCAACUGGCUCUACUUUUAGAAAUGGAAGUUUUUCCUUCUGGUGAAACCACUGGCCAACAUGUGAUAUUCAGGGAAGAACUGAGUCAAACACUGGUAUGAAUGUUUUUCAAACGGUCAAUUUGAAGGUUUUCUUUUCAAAUGGAAGAAAACGAAUAACAUAAAUGAAUUCAGGAUCAUUUCCUGCUGGCUAAGGACAAGAAAAAAACAGACAUUUCUCUACUUGGAUGGAAAGCAAGAGCUUUGUUAUUGUUUAACAAGGAACCAAAGCUGUGCAGUUUGCUGCUAUGGUAACUGCAUCAAAGUGUUUUGGUUUGAUUUUUUUAAUUUAUUUUUUUAUGUGUGAAACCAUAACUCCAAUACAUCAUAAUGUAGCCACAAUGUCCCUGAGACAUUUAGUUCCUAUUAGUGCUAAAAUGAUGUUUCUUCAAAUAUGAGACUAAUGGCAUUACACAUUACAGAGCCUCAGAACUCCGAUAGAAAAAGCCUUUGUUCUCAUACUGUGUUCCUGACCUGUUGAUUGCCAUCUCCCUGCUUGGAAAGAUCAAAUAAUGUUACUUUUUAAGUCAGAGUUACUCAGUCAGAAUGUCAUAUUUCCUUGAAACCGUAUGACAGUGAUGACAGGGCAUCGAAUAACUUCCCUUUGUCCAACCAGAAAUGAACACCGCAUCAAAGUCUAACUAUGGGACAUCCAGUGGUGUGUCCCAUAUGUUUAAUAGUUCUGAUUUAUUUGUCUUAUCUAAUAUGUUUUAUAGUAGCUUUAAUAUAUGAGAAAAGAAGACAUGGCCACAAAAAUACUUAAAAGUUACCAAAAAACAUAUUUUUAAUUAUUUUCUGAGCAAUAGUAUUAUUUGCCAGGAACUAUUUGGUCUAUAGAAAAUGCACAGCCCUCUUACUAAACAUUUAUUUUGCACUUGGUUGUUGGAUGCAUGCCUGAAUGUAAAUGCGAUUGUCUGAGGAUCUCUUCAUAAGUAAGUGACGGUAGUUUUCUGGGGUGUUUACUAAUUCGCUCAAUGCAGUUUCAUGGUGUCUUAUAGCGAAUAGAAGUCUGUCAUUGAGGAAAUUACUUUACUCUAACAUUACAUACAACCUUGUAUUUGUAUGUUUAGCAUUUUGUUGUGUUUGUCUGCCUAGAAGUCAAUGAUGCGUCAUUUGCUGGGAAAAAGUGUGAAGAGGUAUUGUGUGGGUGUUACAUAACUAGUGGUUUUUAUUGCCUUUUCAAUAAACUCAAACAU